AUGAAGCUUCGACUGCACUUUGUGGUGGACCCCAUGGGGUGGCUGUGCGUCAGUCUGGUAUUUGGGAUCUGGCUCUACAACACUUUCUUCGUUCCCAAGCUGGUUCUGCUUCCCCACUACAAUGAAGGACACAUCCCCUGGGCCACGGUUGUUUGUUAUUACAUAUCAUCAGCCCUCUGCCUAGCGGCCCUCUUCAGAGCUUCCACAGCAGAUCCCGGCCGCCUUCCUGUGGACCCCCACAUACCUCACUCUGAGCGGGAGCACUGGGAGCUGUGCAAUAAGUGCAACUUAAUGAGACCCAAAAGGUCCCACCACUGCAGUCGCUGUGGCCACUGUGUGCGCAGGAUGGACCACCACUGUCCCUGGAUCAAUAACUGUGUGGGAGAAGACAACCACUGGCUCUUCCUGCAGCUCUGUAUCUACGCUCAGGUGUUAAGUUUGUUCACGCUGGUGUUGGACUUCUGCCAGUACUAUUACUUCCAGCCACUGACGGGAAUGGACCAGGAGAAGUUUACAACACGCCAUGAACUGGCUCUGCUGCGGGUGUCAGCGUUCAUGGGCAUGGUCAUGUUCGGUGGCAUGGCGAGUUUGUUUUACACCCAGAUGACGGGCAUCCUGUCGGAUACUACCACCAUUGAGAAAAUGGCUCAGUUCUCAAAUGAAGCAUGUGGCUCAAAGAGGUCCUGGCAGUGGGCACUAGCCGAAGUUUGCGGCACACGCUGGAAACUCCUGUGGCUGCUCCCGCUCCGAGUCAGGCAGCCGCUUCUAGCCAGCCACCUCUUCCGCACCCACGUGUAGGUCGGCGGCACUACACUACCUCCUGCCUGCACGGAUGCUACAGGCUGCCACGAUGAAACACUGUAUGCACACUUAAAGAAUCCAUCUGCUCGCCUUCACUGUCCUCUUUUGUGCUAUGGGAGCUUGGUUUGUCUGUGGAUACUGGAAGCUUUUAUUUUUGUGUGUGUUCUUUUGUGUUUUUUUGCCUUUCUCUACAAGACCCAGACUGGCAGUAAACAGGGUCAAGAAAAACCUUUGGGAGUGACGGGAAAUGUUUUUUUUUACUCACUGUGACGGCUACUUUCAGCAUUGGGAAACCACUUUAAUGGCUACUUGUAUCAGAAGGAUCGAAGUCUUCACUUGAAAGCUGCUGGCGAAAAAGGGACCCCUCUCAGGUUACGUUAAUAAAAAGAGCCUUCACUGCUGACCUUUAAUCAACCACAGACAGAACUAGGGUAACUCGGGUGUGUUUGUCAGAAAGGCAAGUUUUUGUAUAAAGUUUGUGCCUUGUUUCUUUUAGCUAUGUCCUUUUUAUUUGUUACACAUGAGCAAUGUUUUUGCUUUAUGUUUGCUGGUUGGUGUUUAUCCACUUUAGAUUUUCCGUGUGAAUAAGGGAUCUGGCGUCAGCUGCCUUCCACUAAUCCGUGAUCAUUUAAUGAUUAAUGAAUGUUUCUUUGCGUUGUUCUUUGAACGUUUUAUCUCUUAAGUGAUGUUUUAUGAAGUGUCCUCACAGAACAAAAUUGAUAGCUUGAAUGCUGAUGACACAGGGACAGCCCGAUAUGAAGAUGUGUUAUCACAAGCAGAAGGUUAACCCUUUAUGAUGCCAUGGGAAAAAUAAUCCAGAUUUAGAAACUGAACUGUAUAUGUCAUUGACCAACCAAGUGUAUAAUCCAUUUGUUUCCGAGUAUAAAAAAAACUCCACUGCACUACAAACUUAUACAAAUGUUUUUGAUUUGUAUUUUUAAUUUUUAAU